AUGAGCAAGGGACCGGGUCUCUUCACCGAUAUCGGCAAAAAAGCCAAAGAUCUUUUGACUAGGGACUACACCUCCGACAAGAAACUCACCGUUUCAUCCUACAGCACUGCCGGAGUUGCCCUUACUUCAACAGCUGUGAAGAAAGGUGGACUCUCGACUGGGGAUGUGGCCGCACUGUACAAGUAUAAAAACACGAUUAUCGAUGUUAAACUUGAUACAGCAUCAAUUAUCUCCACAACCCUCACAUUCACUGACAUACUUCCAUCCACCAAGACUAUUGCUUCAUUUAAGCUGCCUGAUUAUAAUUCUGGCAAGAUAGAGGUUCAAUACUUCCAUGACCAUGCUACCUUAACAACAGCUGUUGCAGUGAAUCAAUCCCCUGCCAUUGAUGUUUCCGCUACUUUUGGUACCCCAAGCAUCGCUUUCGGUGGUGAGGCAGGCUAUGACACUACAUCUGGUCGUUUUACAAAAUACACUGCUGGGAUUAGUGUCACGAAAGCCGAUUCAUCUGCAUCAAUUAUCCUUGGUGACAAGGGUGACAGCAUUAGAGCAUCCUACCUCCAUCAUCUGGACCUAUUGAAGAAGAGUGCUGCUGUUGCAGAGGUCACUAGAAAGUUUUCGACAAAUGAAAACAUUUUUACAGUAGGAGGGUCUUUUGCUGUUGACAGUUUGACACAGGUCAAAGCAAGGCUCAACAAUCAAGGACAGCUUGGGGCCCUCUUGCAGCAUGAGAUCAUACCAAAAUCGGUGUUGACUAUUUCUGGUGAGAUUGACACCAAGGCACUGGAUAAAAAACCAAAGUUUGGAUUGGGAGUUGCCCUCAAACCUUGA